CGCGGCUUCUUCUCUCGGAGGAAAAAUAAGUACUUCCCUCAAGUCAACCGUGGAUUUAUCCGUUGGGGUAAAUAUACAAGAGGGGACUUAUCGCUUGUUGGUCUUUGGUGUUAGUGGACCGAUCGGGAGCAGUACCGACGUCAGCGUGACGUGACAUAGAGACGAUUUUUUAAAGCUCGAGAGAUUUGGAUCAAAUUGAUGAUUUUUGCUGAAAUGAGUCCAUCAUUGGUAAUAAGGACCGUUUCUUUAGCCAGGAUGGGUUCGUCGUUAUGACGGUGACAGCUAGCAUAGCUCUUCAUCGCGACAGGGACCGCCGUUGUUAUUGGCUCUCUUAGACAACAUUCUCGGGGAAACUGUAUUGAGUUGUGCUGAUUCGAGAAGGACUUUCUUUUUUUGGGAUAACUGCUGUUUCGUUUGUUGUCAACCUUACGGGCUCGAGAAAACAAAAUGGGGGUCGUCCCAACCUACCUGGGAAUCGGGACAACAAAGUUUAUUUUGUGUGGUGAAUAAGAAUUUCCUUUGAAUUCGAUCUGAAUCCCUUAAUAAUGUUUCCGACCCACGAAAGAGAAAUCCGGGCGAUAACCCGUAACAGGACCGAGACUGACAUUCUCCAGAAGCGGCUUGGGAAACUGGAGCGGGCGAAGACAGAGUUAAACCUCUCUCGCCACUACCAGACGACCUCGGUGAGGAGGUUCCUGACUCAGUGUCAGAGGACAAGUGGUUAUGGCAGCGGGAACAUCAUAGACUCUGACAGUAACGACAAACUAAUUGGAAACCGAAGUGCGCCUCCUCUCUCAAAAAGUGCACAGACUUGUUUUGGGAUGGGGAUGGGACGGGGGGUUCGGUUUGCUCGGGGAGAUAGUGGGCAAGAGGAUGGAAUUCCUGGCGAUGAACUCAGGCAAAAAACGGGUGUAGCGCCGUAUAAGUCCAAUACCUUAAUUCACAAACGGCUGGAUCGUGUUGAUUCUGGAUGUGGCACAUCUUGCAGUACGUCAUCAUACGACAGUGAUGAUAAAAUCGAUGAUGUUUUAAAUUGGAGACUAAAAACACCAGCCAAUGCGAAGACAGUUGCAAACAAAUUACCUGUCGCGCAAAGGUCAAGAGGUGUUGCCACCAGAGGACAGCAAUCAUCCAUAGACGCUGUUCCUGCGCCUAGUCCAUCACCCUCCGGACAAAAACGGAACGAGAUUACUACGUUGACCCUCCAAACAACUCCCAUGUCUCCGCGGAAAUAUUUAAAGCCUGAUUCCCGGUAUAUCGUGGACCGGUUUAUGGUGAGGCGAAAACUUUUAAUCCGAAGACAGACUUAUCCAGAUUUUCCGUUAUUUGUUAAUAAUUCGGAGGGGGUAGUUCGGGUUCCGAGUGCAAUAUCGCGCACGCGCAUCAAGAGUGAGCUAUCUAAGAUGGAGGGCACCCCACAGGGCCCCACACUGGAGAGGAACCAUGGUCAGGAUGCAAGACAGUACAUGAGAAAAAGGAUAGAUACAUUCCUUGGUUCUAUAGACUAUCUUUGUCAACAACUUGAAGAAACACCAAAGACAACUCCACGGAAUUAGAGUGAAAUAUCCCAGCUUUCUGUUUGUGACUUUGUCCUUCAGGUUGUGAGUUCUUCCUCACCACAAACUGUAGAUGAAUGGAAGGACGGAAUCACUCUCUCCUUGAAAUUCGGCGAGGAUAAACAAUAAUGAAAAAGGCGUCUAUCUGUCGGAGUCCCUGUGGACAAAACUUUUGCCAGAAUGCACUUGCAAUCGCAACCAAGUAAACUAUAAUCAAAAAGGCUAGAGGUACGAGACCCGGUCACUUGCUAGAGGUACGGGACCCGUAUUCCAGGUCAAAAGGCUAAAGGUAGGGGAGUUCUUUUGCGCAUGCGCACACAAUUCCUGUAUCUCUAGCCACACGUGGCAAGUUUUAUUCGUUCGUACCUUUUUUAUAGUGCCCUGCGAGUACGGGAAAUUUGUUAAUAAGGAUUAUUAUUAUUAUCAUAAUGAACUCCAGCACGCACCAGUGCCUUGCCAGGUGAGAUGAGUCAACGGUCCUCAUGGGUAGUGAGCCAGAAGGUCUUCAUUGGCAAACUCUAUCACAAAAAUUUGCCAAAAGAUUUAGGUUCUAAUGUUUCUGUGACGUUUUAUGCUCGAGGUUUACAUUCGGAAAUUCUAAAGUUCAUUUCGAGUCCAGAAACAAUAUUCAAUCAAU